AAAAACAAACAGCGGCACAGGAUGUCCAAGCCGACAACAAUUAAGGAUGCACUCGCGCGCUGGGAGGAACGCACAAAGCAGGAGGCUGUGAAGGCCACGGACAUUGGACUGCAGUUCCAAUAUCCGCCCAUUGAGAAAAUGGAUCCCACACUGAAUACGUUGGUUGAGUGCAACAAGCUCAGUCUGUCCUCCAAUAUGAUUGAGAAAAUUAGUGGUAUUGGCAGCAUGAAGAAUUUGCGAGUUCUUAGUCUGGCACGCAAUAAUCUCAAGUCCAUUAAUGGCAUUGAAUCUCUGGCCGAUACUCUGGAAGAGCUUUGGGUUAGCUACAAUAUCAUUGAGAAAAUCAAGCCGAUCGAAUCAAUGAAAGCACUACGUGUCUUCUACGUCUCCCACAAUUUGAUCAAGGACUGGGUUGAGUUCAUGCGAAUGGCUAUACCGCCGAACCUUGCAGAGAUUUCAUUUCUAGGCAACACCCUCCACGAGUCCAUGGACUCUUCUGUAUUCAACGCCGAAGCCAUACGGCGUUUGCCAAAUUUGAAAAAACUAGACGGAGACCCAGUCAUUCGUAAUGUCUAGUUUGAAAGAGCAUGGAUUUUCUCACAAUAUAAGGACAAGGCUUUAAUAUGUUAUUAAAUUUUCGAGUUGCAAACAUUGUUAAAUACAUAAAAUUCCGAUUUUGGCAAUAAAGGCAAACAUAAUUGCAUUCUAUGAUAAAUAUGAAA